UUCUUUUCUCUUUGGACUCCGUCUUCAUUAUUACCUACCUGCAUUUAUUACCUUUUUAUAUAUAAUGGAAGCUGCCCAGAGUGGUUGGGGAAACCCAGUCAGAUAGGUGGGGUAUAAGUAAAAAAUGAAAUCCGGAAAUCUGGUAGGAACUGUUUAUCCCCCUGCAGAGAGCCAUGUGUGUGUUUGAAUUUUGUUUGUGUAUUUUUUCCUUAACUUACCUCUUCUGAAAUAAACUACAGCUUUUUAAAAAAUCAUAAAAUGAUUUUUAAACUGUUGAGGAAGAGAAAUUACACUGACAUAGAAUACAGUGAAAAGCAUGGGCCCCACAAAUGAAAUUCUGCUCCUGGGCCUCUGCAAGUCUUAAAAAAGCCAUGUCUGAGGGUGAUAAAAUUGUGGAUGUUACCACACUCCAGAAAACAGUUGAUGUGAGGUCAUAAGAUUCUUACAUUCCAUUUAUUACAUAGGAACACAUCACCACAGUGCUGUGGUUCAUACUUUUGCAGUAGUAAGCUCCUGGGAAGAGUAAAACAGUGGCCCCCUAAGGUUGAAAAGACAACUGGAGGUUAACUAUAAUGAUGAAACAGAAAGCUGUGCUGAAUUGGAGAUGCCUGGGUUGGACUGCUGCACAUUGUGAAGAGAGGAGGGAAAGAGCUGCAUGAGCAAAAGCAAGUGAAGAAUUGGUGGACACAUUAAGGCCAUGGCAGAUGCAAUUGCUUUGUCUUCCCACACUGCUACAAUCAAUACAAUUUAUGCACAACUGGAGAACUGGGCAAAGAAGCAAUAUUUCUUGGAAACAAUUAUCAUUUUAUCUAUUCCAACUUGCAUCUGGGGAUUAAUUGGGAACGGAGUUGACUUCUGGCUUCUUUGCUUCAGGAUCAAGAGGACUAGGUUCUCAGUUUAUAUUCUCAAUUUGACAGCUGCUGAUCUUAUUGUAAACAUCUACUACAUUAUGGUUUUUAUCACAUUUUUGGCACAAAUUUAUGUCAAUCUCUACUUUUCACGUGUAAUGGAGAUUAUAUAUUUAUUUGGAUACAAUACCAGCAUAUACUUGGUAUCAGCUCUCACUGCUGAAAGGUACCUCACCGUCUUCUUCCCAGUCUGGUAUCAACGUCACAGGCUAAAGUACCUCUCCAUCAUUGUGUGUGCCGUGUUGUGGCUCUUGUCCUGCCUGGUGUCACUGGUGGCCUAUAUUUCCUGCUAUCCAAGGUUCCUUUCAUCUCACAACGAAGAGAGAGCAGAUUGUACAGCUGCAACUAUAAUUGAAAUUACAAUAACUUUUCUGGUUUUCCAACCCAUCAUGCUUUUUUCUACCGCAGCUCUUUGUGUCAAAAUGCAAAGAGAAGCCAAGCAAAGCGCUCCAGCAAGACUUGAUAUCACCAUCACCAUCUUAGCUGUUGUAUUUCUUAUCUUUUCUUUUACAGUUAGAACUGUUGAUGCCAUCGCAUAUUGGCACCAAACACUAGAUGCACCAGUCCCAUUUCUACUUUCUCUGUUGUUUGAUUCCAUCAAGAGCAGCAUCAACCCUUUCAUAUAUCUUGCUGUUGGAUGUUGGAAGAGAGGGAAGCCCAUCCAUAUGUUUCUUGAGAGAGCUUUGAGUGACAAAGCAGAGAGAACUCAAGUAGACCAAGAGGAGAUUGAGAAGCAUCCAGAGCCUCAAAUGUGAACUGAAAAGGCUUCUAAGUCAAAGAAUAUAGACUGGCAUUUCUGGUUCCUGAAUAAAUAUAUUAUGACUUGUUUAUUUUACUGUUUGUUACUUGUAGGCUACAAUACUCACCUAGGGACCAGGGAAAAGUCAUCUGCAGAUGGGGUAACAGGG